GCUGUCCCUCUCAGAAGCAUCCGACGACAUGAUCAAAGGACUGGUCGCGUACGAUGAAGAUUCACAAAGCGACCACGAAGAGUCUGUACAUCCACAGCGAUAUAAGGACAGUCUCAAUGUGAGAGUCUUCACCGCUGUCUUUCCCAGCUUGUUUCCCUGUUGCUCGCUCCUCCCUGUCUCGGUUAGGGCAAUGCGUCGGAAACCCGUUCUAACACAACCACGGAAGCCGCCACACGUUCCCACCAGUCGAAUAGAGCUCAAGUAAUGAUACGCCGCCCUGCGCACACUAAGCCGCGGCCGAGGGCUCGCAUUGACGAUGAUGUCAAGAAAGUCGAGACAGCUGCUGAAGAACAGCCCGAUGCUACCGGCCUUCCCAAGUCGACCUCACAAAUCACUCUCAGCGACGAUGUAGAACCGGAAGAUGAGCUGAUGCGCAUACGCGCAUUGCUGCAUCCACCACCGAUACCUGGAGUCGACGACUGGGGUAUCCCACCUGAAGCGAGUGAACCCUGCGAUCCGGCCCUGGAGGCGAAACUGUCCGGAUUCUUGGCCAUGAAACGAGAUCCCGGCGACCCCAAGCACUUCAACGAUUCCUUAAUGUCAAAUCGUUCAUUUCGGAACCCCCAUCUUUAUACCAAACUUGUCGAGUUUGUCGACGUCGACGAACGUGCCACGAACUUUCCUCAAGACGUUUGGGACCCGAAUGAUUUCCCCGAUGACUGGUUUGCCGACCGCAUUGCCGAAUACCAGAAGCUUCGCUUAGAGCAACAGUCCGCCGCACAGAACAGCGGCGCAAAACGCACACAAAUCGACUUUACGACGCCUGCCUCGUCUUCCUCUCAGAGGAAACCGAUCAACGACGCGUCGCGGGGUCAACGCAAUGGUGGCGGUGCACCAGGGCGCAGUGGUGUUCUGGGAGGUGGAUAUGCGAGGGGAAGAGAACGGACCCGGUGGGGAUGAACGAUCUCGUGGCUCCAUGUCGUGCGUGCUUUUUGUCGAUGUCUUCAGAGACUUUCGCCGUCGUCAUAUUUUACUCGCCACCUAACGAUAUCAUGGCUGCGGUCGCUCCCUGAGCUGGCGCCACAAUUUCAUUUUGUUAGCUCUAGGCAAUGCCCCUAUCGCGUCGA